CCUAAUCUCUUCUUUAAUCUCAGACUUCUCAAUAUUUUGAUGGUAUCACCUUCUGGAUAAUAUGAUUACAUUUUGAGGACAAGUAGUCCCCAAUGGAUGCCUCUCAGAAUCUUCAAGCAAGUCAGCUUGAAGUCAUUCCAUAUUCUGGUCUCCAAAAAUGCCACACAAGCAUUCUGAACAUACGUUGUCUUCCAGUCUCAUCUUCCAAGUGGCUGAGAUGGCUAGAGUUCUGCGUGUAGUCAAUGCUACCCUGCAAUUUCCCAGUCAGGAAUAGCUAUCAGCUGAUGCCGCGAUUGCAGGGGGGCGAUAACAUUGAAAUUCUUCCAUCGUCGCGUCUUCCCUCUUUCCAUUGUUUCCUCGACGUUGAUUGUGUAUUUGCUGUCGAGUACGGCUUCCGAAAUAAUGCCUCCCAAGAAAACCUCCACUCGUCGAACGCGCGCUGCUCCCAAGCCUACUCCAAAGCCCAUCAUGUCGGAGGCCUUGAAGGAUGCUAUCGACACUUUGCCUCAAGAGAAACUACGAAAAUAUGUCAAACAGUAUUGUGAAAGUAUGACGGAUCUGCGAGAAGCUCUAGAAAAAGAGUUCUUGGUUCAAGGAAAGGACAUUGUACGAUAUCAUGCCGACACAGAUUCCGAAGACGCAGAGGACGAUGAAACCUCAUCGCAUACUGAAAAGGGCAGCGAUAGCGAGGAAGACUUGUCUCGAAACAGGAAGAAGUUGAAACCAAUCGCCAUCAGAGACGAGGAAUAUGGACCUCGGAUGGCGAAGUGCCAACACUGCAACGAAGACUUCGAUGUAACUUACAACGACAAGGGCGAUUGCAUAUGGCACCCUGGAUCGAAAGAAGUAGACUACGAGGCAGAUAUAUGGGCAGAUCAUGAUCCCAGGUGCCACGGCAACUAUAGCGACUUUAAGGACGAUGCGGGCAUGGCAGAAGGAUUCAUUUGGGAUUGUUGUGACAAGGAUGGAGACGACGAGGGCUGCAAGUCGACGAAACACAAAGCCGCAAUCAAUAUCACUGUCAAAGAGCCACCAAAACGAGACCAGAAGCGGAAAGCAGAGGAAACUCUUCGGAAGACAAGACAAAUGGCCAGGUGCCAAAGAUGCCACACUAGGUUCGAUAUCUAUGACAAUAAGCGCAAAGCAUGUCUGCAUCAUCCUGGUACGAAAGAACCAACAGAUGAGGAUGACUUUUGGUGUGACCACGACGAAGGCAUAGGAGGAGCAAUCAUGACACUCGUCAAUGAGCCGGACUACGAAGAUGGGUUCGUGUGGUCCUGCUGCGAGAAAGCUAUCAGAGAAGACGGGUGCAAGCGGGGAAAUCACAUGAUUGUGAAAAAACGCUGAGGGAAACAGAGAGAAGGAACAGACAACAACGAAAAGGUGGUGAACAGUAUGGGUGGCACUUUAGUACUCAUUUUGCAAAGUUGUAGAAAGGUGAUUCUUUCGGGCACGACUCUUUGAAGGACGAAAUCACGAGAGAAUUCAGCACUUAAUUCGAGGAAUCUGU